AUGCCAGAGAAGUUUCAUCACUAUCCAAAUUAUCAAAAAAUAUUUGCCAUAGCUUGUGGAGCUCUGCACUGGAUUUCAGGAAACGUAGAAGAUGAAAAGGAAAGUUGGAUUGUUGCAUUUGAUCUCGGGACUGAGAAAUACCGAGUAAUUCCACAGCCUGGGUAUAGUGGUUCUCCUCGCUAUGUAUGUUUGAAUAAUUUUGAAGGAUGCUUAUCAUUAUCUUGUAAUUACUACUCAAAUGAUGUGAAAUCAAAUGUUGUGGAUGUUUGGUUGCUAAAUAAAUAUGGUGAGGAAAAUGAAUAUUGGUGGAAAUUGAUUUCAUUUACACCAACAGAAGAGAUGGAUGACCCAUAUUCUAUAAAACCUGUUGCUUAUUCAAAAAGUGGUAAGAAAAUACUGUUGGAAAUAGAUUAUAAGAACCUUGUUUGGUAUAACUUAGAACAAGAGUCAGUUGAAGAUAUUGUGUUACAUGAUUUGGAACCUAUUUUUGAUGUCUACUCUUGCUUGGAAAGUCUAGUCUCUGUCGAUGUUACAGGCACAUCAGCUGAAGGUAUAACCAAUGCUAAGAAGAAUUGA